AUGGUAAAAUAUUUAUUUGAUACUCAACUAUUCAAAGAAAUUAUUAUUUGGAAUAGUAAUCCACAUAUGAAUCUUACUCUUUAUCAAAUAAACAUUGAUUUAAAUAUGAUAAAAUUCAUUCGUAUUAUUAAUUCAAAAGAAAAUAUUAAGCAUAAAAUCAAAUAUCUUGCUUGUUCAGAAGCAAACACAAGUGCAUGUUUCUUUAUUGAUGAUAGAUGUAAUGUUUUACCAAUAUAUGAUGAUCAUAAAGUACAUGACAUUUCAUUUCAUAAUACGUGGAAAGCAGUUGAUGGUAAUCUUUCAACAUGUUGGCAAACAAAUCGAACUAUUUAUUCUGGUGACUUUUUUAUCAUUGACUUUUUACAUGCUCAAACAAAUAUAACAUUCGUACUUAUUGUUUCACACAACCGUAUAAUGCAAGCAAAUUUGGAGAUAAAUAUUUCAUUUAAUGGAAUUUGGUGGAUUCCAUAUGAAUCACUCAGAGGUAUUUUCAUAAAAGCAAAUGAAAAUUCUAGAAAUAUCUACCUCUUCAAUUCGGCUCAGUUUAAUGAAGGUUUUAAAUCGCUUCGUUAUAUUAAAUUCAAAGCAACUAACAAUCAUUCUAAUCAAUCCUUUCAAAAACUCACCACACUGGAUCUCGAGCACAAUCUAAUCGGACAUGUUGGAGCACGACAUUUAGCUGAUGCAUUACAACACAACACAGCACUCAUCACACUAAAUCUCUCGAGGAAUUUCAUCGGAUAUGCUGGAGCACAACAUAUGGCUGUUGGACUGCGACACAACAAAACACUCACCGCAUUAAACAUCUGGGGCAAUGAAAUCGGAGAUGUUGGCGCACAACAUUUGGCUGAUGCAUUACAACACAAUACAGCACUCAUCACACUGGAUCUCGAUUCCAACAGCAUCACAGAUGUUGGAGCACAACAUUUGGCUGAUGGAUUACAACACAACAGAACGCUUACCACAUUAGAUCUCCGUGAAAACAGAAUUGGAGAUGUUGGAACACAACAUUUGGCUGUUGGACUACGAUACAACACAACGCUCACCACAUUAAAUCUCUCGUACAAUAGAAUUGGAAAUGUUGGAGCACAGUCUUUGGCUCAUGGAUUACGAUACAACACAAUACUCACCACAUUAGUUCUUGCGCGCAAUGGAAUCGAAGAUGUUGGCGCACAACAUUUGGCUGAUGCAUUACGACACAAGACAGCACUCACCACACUAGAUCUCGAAUACAAUGUAAUCGAAGCUGUUGGAGCUCAACAUCUGGUUGAUGGUUUACGACACAACAGAACACUCACCACACUAUCUCUCGGUGGUAAUAGAAUCGGAGAAGUUGGAGCUCAACAUUUGGCUGAUGGAUUACAACACAACACAACACUCACCACACUAGACCUAGGUGGUUGUGAAAUCCGAGAUGUUGGAGCACAACACUUGGCAGUUAGAUUGCGACACAACACAACACUAAACAUACUAAAUCUACGAUAUAAUAUAAUUGGAGAUAUUGGAGUACAACAUAUAGCUAAUGCAUUACGACACAAUACAACGCUCACUGCAUUGGAUCUCCAUGGUAAUGGAAUCGGAGAUGUUGCAGCAGAACAUCUAGCUGAUGGACUGCGACAUAACACAGCACUCACUACACUAGAUCUCGGUGACAAUACAAUCGGAGAUGUUGGAGCUCAACAUUUGGCUGAUGGAUUACGGCACAACACAACGCUUACCACACUACAUCUCGGUGACAAUGGAGUCGGAGACGUUGGAGCGCAACAUUUGGCUUAUGCAUUAUUACACAGCACAGUAACUGUCUUUAUCUAUGUCAUGUCUUUACUUAUACUUAUUCAUCUAGACACUGACCUCACUAUAUCUCGAAUAUAA